CUAUAGUCUAUUUUUAUUUAAAAUAUCUUAAAGGCGUGAAAUAUGUAUGUUUCUGUAAACGAAGCAUUGUCAAAAGUGAUAACAUCAUUGCCAACCGAACUGAACAGCGAAUUAUCAGCAGUGAGAAUAGUAAAUGGAUAUGAAGUGAAUAUCACAGAAGUACCAUACCAGGCAUCAUUAAGACGUAUAUUAAGUGGAAGCUGGGCUCACAUCUGUGGAGCAGUUGUUAUCAGUAAUAAUGCUGUGUUGACGGCUGCUCAUUGUGGUGCCACUUAUGAAUACAACACGGCAACACUUGGAGUGGUUCUUGGUACUUCUUAUCGACAAUCAGGUGGACAAUCUUAUAAUGUGUCAAAAAUAAUAGUGCACGAAGAAUAUUCUUCUAUCACUCUAGAGAAUGAUAUUACUAUAGUAAUUUUAGCUUCAAGAAUUAUCUUCAGUGACAGUGUCAAAAUUGUGGCAAUGGCACCUUCAAACUUUACAUCGCCAGUGGAUACAGAAGCUAUUGUGUCCGGAUAUGGAACAACCUCGUUCGAAGGCACCGCGUCUUCAGUGCUACUCGCUGCAAAAGUAAAAAUCGUCAACCAAGAUACCUGUGCCAGAGCGUAUUUACGCAUAGCCACAAUUACAACGGGAAUGAUUUGUGCAAGUGCCCAGGACCCUCCGAGAGAUGCCUGCCAAGGAGAUUCAGGUGGUCCACUAGUCGCAAAUGGUACAUUGAUUGGUAUUGUGUCUUGGGGUGAAGGUUGCGCUAACGUUUCUUAUCCUGGAGUAUACACUCGUAUAUCUGCCUAUGAUAGUUGGAUAAAAACGAAAUUAGGAUACUAA